GGGUCUAUUACCAGUGCCGAGGCAUUUCUGAAGGCAAUUGGCCGCUCCUCCGAGACCAAAGUAUCGUACGAGGCUUGGGAUCAGCUAUGGAGAACCAAUGGCCAUGACCUCAAAAAAGCUGGUCUGUCCGUUCAAGACAGGAGGUAUAUCCUGUGGGCAAUGGAGAAAUAUCGUCUUGGUAAAGACCCAUCUGAAUUUGCCUACGAGGUUAGUAAGAAGAAGAAGAUUAGAGGGUGGGGACCAGCCGUACAGAAUGGAAAAAGGAUACGUUCGCGUCGGCACCAGUAA